AUGUUUAGGUCAGUUUGGUACUUCACAUCUGUGGAUGGCACCAUCAAGCGCAAACAUAAAGCCAAGUUGGAUGCAGAGUACAUCCUCAGAGAGUUUCUAAAGCGACCUCUUGCUUGCGGGAUUGUAGCCUACUAUGUGCAAACAUCUUUAGACGUGGACGAUGCCCAGCGAGGCUUGGUGGAGACUGGCUUGGCACCUACAACCAUCGAGUACCUCAAUGAAGAACAGCUGCGAGAGCUACUAUUCAACAGGCAGAUGAACAGAGGAGACGGCUUGUUGCAGAAAUUUCUCGAGCCUCCCGAUGCACGCAACAAUAUGAUCCGCGCUCAGUGGUCGCCAAAGGUGUGCCUCAUCGAGCGCCGGAUUAAUCGAUUGAAUUUGAAUGAUACCCACUAUGACAUGUAUGAGCGCGCAGUCACCUUCGAAGGUCCAGACUUUCACUCCGAGGUUACCCCAGUGAGGGGAGCUACGUUAGCUAACAAGGUCGAUCAAAUUGCUGAUGCAAUCAUUCAGCAUGUGGCUGGUGUCACAAACGACCGUGUGAAGAUCACACGCUUAGCCCUUAACUUCAAAGUGGACUACAGGGAUCGAUUGCAUUUUCUCUUUGCGUCUUCCGUGCGAUUGCAGGGCUCCAGCCGGCCCUUGGAGGUCAAUACCAGGCUGCAAGUCCCUGAAUAUAUCCACAGAGCGCAGAGCGUGUCCCGCACUGCACCAGCUGUGCUCCUGAGAAGUUUGGUUUGUCCAACAUGCCAAGAGAAGGUGCAUCCUGAGAUGGUGUUCGAAGUGGUCUAUCGGGUGAUAAUCGAGUUUGAGGAACAACGUCGCAACGCAGAGCGGCAAGCUGACAGUUUUCAGGAGCAGGAAGAAGAAGAGGUGCCUGAGGCCUUCUUGCGUUUGCAUCCCCGCCUCACUGUCGAGGAAUACGUCGAGCUGCGAAAGGAGCUGGUGUUCCAACAAAAGUUUGCUGGAGUUUGUGAAAACUGCUACCUGCGCUUCUCCACGGCAAGGCUAGGUGCUGUCCAGCGAUUGUUAGCACCAGAACUGAAAGGAGGAGAUGCAGCAGCGGAGAAACAGGAGCUGGGCUUCCUUGGGACAGAGAACGCUGAAGCGGUUCAAUUGGUCGGCACAGGCCAGCUGGAUCCUCAACGUUUGGCCCUACGUCGGGAGGCCACGCGACAGAGAAUCCUUCAACGUCAGGGGAUGGAGGAUUCAUGGUGGGAAGCUGCUGAGCCAGAAACCACCAAUCCGCCUCGAUCCAAAAGCUGCCCUAAGCUUCCAUCCUGGAGUCCAAACCACAAAGGUGCAGUGCUAUGGGCGCCUUCGCCUGUGUUGGCUCACAGGCCGCGGCCCCCGGCAGCGCCUGCACCAAGCGGAACUUCGUUGCGACAGGCAUUGGCAGACAGCCCGAGACCCCAACGAAAGCCCCAGGUUCGCCUUGGCGCACCAUACCUCAAAGCGAUUCAGGACUUUGCAGAGCAGCAUCGGCACCGAGCUUGCGAAGUGCUUGGCCCCCAUGCCGGAGCGGAGAUCGCUGCUCUGGGAGGUGCUCAGGCGGAUAUUCCACAGCCGGAGGACUUGGAAGAUGCGGAGAUGGAGCGCUGCGAGCCCAGCGACAAAGAGAUGGAAGAGAAUCUCAGAUCAAGAAGGCGGCGGAAAGGAAGUUCACUACAGCUUCUACCCCCAGCACAACAAGGUUGGGAGUUGUUCUUGGACACUGGACAGGCCACCCAGUGGUGCCUCCGCACCUUCGUCAAAACCACCCUCAAGACCUUCCACCCGAACCAGCUCCAGAGGCAAGGCCCACCAGAGGGUGCUGAGGAUUCCGGGAAGGCUUCAGAAUUGUCGCGCGGGAACAAGGUGCUUCACAAUGUGUUCUCGGAUGAGGAGUGCGAUCAACUGGUAGCUGCAAGUGAGGCUAUGGGGUACACAGAGGAUGCGCCUGUCUCACUGGGUCGCCACAUCCGCCAAAAUGAGAACUGUGUUUGGAUUGCAGAUACAGAAAUGACUGAAGAAGCGUUCCAACGUUGCUUAGCAUUUUUGCCCAACGGCACGAGCAAAGAGAAAGGCCCAAUUGGUUUGAAUGCCAGGUGGCGUUUCUACAAGUACAAUGCCGGAGAUAUCUUUCGGCCACACACUGAUGGGUCCUGGCCUGGAAGUGGGAUCGCCGAUGGCCGUUUGGUCCAUGAUAUGUUCGGCGAUCGUUGGUCAAUGCUCACCUGGGUCCUGUAUUUGAAUGACGACUUUGAAGGCGGCGGCACGCGCUUUAUGCUUCCAGAUGGUGUAUUCAACCAAUACACUGUUCACCAAGUUCCAGCGACCCGCGGAUCUGUCCUAUGCUUCUAUCAUGGGGAGCAUCCCUUAAGUCCUUUGCAUGAAGGGGAGAUGGUCACCGUUGGCACCAAGUACAUUGUCAGAUCUGAUGUCCUAUACAAGCUCUGA